AUGCUUAUAUUUCUUUUAAUAGCUCUAAACAUAUUAGCAUGCAUAUGUUUUUUAAAUACAAAAUAUCAAAUACAGUUAGAUUAUAGCAUACCUAGUGAACUAUUUAAUUUAGAUAAGUCACUAAAAUAUACAAACGUAACUAUAGGUAAAGAUUCGCUUCUGUGUAUAUUAAAUAAUUCGAAUGACAAUUAUGACGAUAAUUUGGAAUGUAAUGAGGAAUACGACUUAUUUAAAAAUAUAGAAGAUGCUAAUGGUAUUAAUAAUUUCGUGGAAGAAAAAUUAAGUAGGAACUACCUUUUAACCUAUGCCGAUAACAGUAUAACUUAUAAUCUGUCUUUGGGGGAUGAGGACAUUUCGCCCGUUCGUGAAGUAGGAGCUAGUCCGAAAGCGAGUAUCAACAGCGGUGGUAGUAGUGGAAGCGGAUGCGGCCAUGCGAUAGAGAAGCGAAAGACACAAGCACGUGGAAGCAAAGGGAACCCAGUCGAACAUACUAAAAGAGGAAGGAGCUAUCCUCAUGGCGAGGUAAAAGGAGUACCCAAGUGUAAUUUCAAAAGGGUAUAUGAUUAUAUUUUUUAUAAACAUAAAUUUAAUGUAUACCAUAAAUAUAGAAAAUACGACAAAAUGAAUGAUCAGAUAUCACUAAAAAAUCAUAUUAUAAAAGGGAAGAUGUUAACUAUAAAUAAUAUGUGUAUUGAUGCAUAUUCAUCUAAAGAAAACAUGUUAAAAAUUUGUUUAAAUAAAUCAGUUUCAUUUGUUACUACAAAAUAUUUUAGUAAGGAUAAGAAGCAUGUAUCAGUGUCGAAUUAUUUAGAUGGAAGAGAUUUACUAUUUGCUAACAACACAGUAGUACAGUAUUAUACGGAUGGGAAAUACUUCUUUGAAGUGUUAUAUAUAUGUGGUAACAAUAAUGUCCGAGUUAAUAGUUUUGAAAAAUUAGAUAGGGUAUACCAUCCUUUAAUUUUUGAAAUAUAUGAACAUGUUAAUACAAAUUUGAUAAAACUUUAUAAUAUUUUGAGAAAAAAAUGGAAAGACAGUGGUAUAUCAUUUUUUAAAACAUUUUCUUUGUAUUCAUAUGGUGAAAAAUAUUAUAAAGCGUUAAAAGAUAAACUAAAUGAAAAUUUAAAUUUUUUAUUCCCGAAUGCAGAAAAUUUAUAUCGUAUUACUAUAAGCGCAUAUAUGUUUUGUAAUUACACAGAUCGAAUAAAUCCCCCAAAUCAUUAUUUAUUGAAAAAUCUAAUGAACAAGUGUUAUAACUUUAGUAAAAAUGAUGAAUAUACAUAUGAGAUAUGUUUACCUUAUAGUGUUAUUAAAUAUAGAAAAGAUGAUUAUGGGAAAGUGAAGUUUCCAAUUAUUUCGUUAGGAUCUUCUUAUGUUUCUUUGAAUGAAGGGAAAGCAUUUUACGAAAAAACAUAUGACAUAUUUCCUGUUCUCAAAAUGAAUUAUAAAUUGAAAAAAGAUAGAGAAAAUUAUUUUAAAAUGAAAAAAAGUACAAUAUCACAAUCGAACGCUUUAUAUACAACGUCUCAUGUGUUCUCUACAUACACUUUUUCAUCACCUUUGUCAUUUCCCAACUCAGAGGAAAAUUCCUUUAAUCAAACAGAGUAUUCAAGUACUUCUUUUCAUAACGUAUCACCAUCAGAUACUUCCUCUUUAUUCCCCUUACCUUCUAUUUUAAGGCCGUCCUCAUCAGCUCAACCCACUACAUCUAACCCCUUGUCACCUCACCUGCCAUCACCUCACCACUCAUCAUCUCAUCCCUCAUCAUCUCAUCCCUCAUCAUCUCAUCCCUCAUCAUCUCAUCCCUCAUCAUCUCAUCCCUCAUCAUCUCAUCCCUCAUCAUCUCAUCCCUCAUCAUCUCAUCCCUCAUCAUCUCAUCCCUCAUCAUCUCAUCCCUCAUCAUCUCAUCCCUCAUCAUCUCAUCCCUCAUCAUCUCAUUCCUCAUCAUCUCAUCCCUCAUCAUCUCACUCUUUAUCAUCGCCUUCCACAUUAUCGUCUCACCCCACAAAUUCAUCCCUUCCAGCAUUUACUUCCCUCCCCUCUCCUUCAUCUCACCCAGCAGCUUCAUCAUACUCCCACCCCUCCUUUAGCUCAUUCUAUUUUUCCCAUUAUGCCCCAUUGUAUGGGCCAUACUUUUCCUUCUCCUUAAAUAGAAUCCCUUAUAUGAGUACAUAUGUAAUUGAUAAGCCCAUGGAAAUAUUAAAAUAUGGAAAUGAAAAUUUUUACAAAGCUUUAGCUUUUGAUCUAAAAGGAGGAAAAUGCAAAGACUCUUUAGAGGAAGUUUAUGAUUACAUUACAACAAUUUAUUUUGAUUGUUCUUUGCAUUAUAAAAAUGAAAUGCAUACAAAAAUUAUUAAUGUAUUUCAGUCAACGGAAUGUCAUUAUUAUAUUCACGUUACAUCUCCCUUGUUGUGUGCUCACCCUACUUUACACACGUCGAUGAAGGCUAAAAUAGAAGUUAUCAAAUGUUUUAAGAACGUGUACGCAGCAAGCUCACAACUGCAGGGGGGGUCCACCUCAUGUAAUCGCACAAACAGUCAUAAUGAUAGCUGUGCUAGCAGUGGUAACACUCGAAGUGGUAAUUCACGUGAACCAUGUGGGAAUAAAUGUAAACAAUGCAGCGAAUGUACCUCCAAACCAAGCAGCGGAGGAGCAGGGGAAAAAAGCACACCAGGGGUGCACACACAUAACAAUAAGCACAUGAAUAGAGAUACAUUGAAAAGUGAUAAUUAUAUUAGUAAUGAAGACAAAUUAUACUUACAAGAAUUUUAUAGCUUAAAAUAUAAAAUUUUUCAAAACACAAAAAUGGUUUCCUUCGAAGCAGUACCAAAAGGAAAGAAAAUAGAAUUCGGAAAAAUGUAUGAUUUUGGUUUAGGAAAUUAUAUAAGAAAAAGAGUUUAUAAAAGUAGUCCCAUGUUUCACAUUGGUAAUAUUGUAAAACACAGGUAUUGGAAUUAUCAAGCGGUAGUAGUUAGCUGGGAUUAUAUAUGUUUUGCUCCGAAUGAAUGGAAAGAAAAUUUUUUCUCUGAAUAUCCAAGUGAAUUUCAAAAUACUGUUCAUUAUCUUCUUCUAAUUAAUAAAAAAAAAAAAAAAGAAGGAACACUUUAUGAGCCUAACUAUUAUAGUAAUAAAAAAAAGAAAAGAAACUAUACUGAUAAACAUAGCAUAAAAAGUGGUUCUUCAACUUCAAGCGGUAGUCGAAUAGACAAGGAAAAAGAACAAGAUUUUUUUUUUAUGGUAAAUGAUGAUGAUAUUGUCAAUAAUGAGAAUUUCCAUUUUGCCUAUGUACCAGAAUCAAGUUUGGAUUAUGGCGAUAAAAUGAUAUAUAGUGAAUAUUUGCCCCAAUUUUUUGAAAAAUACAAUGAUUUCUUUCAUUUUUAUAUUCCAAAAAAAAAUCACAUCAUAUGGAAAUUAUUUCCUUAUGAUUUCUUUAAUUUAAUCUUUUGA